AUGUUUAAGUGUCGAUGGUUUGAUACAAACUCAAAUAGGCAGGGAAGUGUUAAAAUCGACCAUGGCUUAGUAUCAGUGAACAUUAACAUAACUUGGUAUGAUGACGACCCAUUCAUUUUGGCAAACAUGGCAAAACAGAUUGUGUAUCUAGAUGACCCUAAAGCCGGGAGCGGUUGGAAAGUUGUUCAGCAGAUGGAUCAGAGGAACGUGUAUGCUAUACCAGAACUAGACCCAACUGACAACGACGUCCUUGACCAACGUUUGGAGUCUUCCAUGGAAAAUGAUGCAGAAACACUUCGAGAUACAAAUGUUAUACAAGAACCAUUUCAGGUUCAAGGAGUGUCUUCAAUCGAAAUACCGAUUCAGUCAAUUACAAUUGACCUCGGUGAUCUUCCGCGCUACGAUGUUCUAGUGGGCCCAAACUAUGAAAGUGAUGAGGAGGAGGAUUGGGAAACCGAAACUGAUGAUAGCGACAAUAAUGAAGGUUAUUAUAGUUCAGAUGAUGAAUAA